AUGUCAGCGACCGCUGCAUCCACAAUUCCCCGUUCCUAUUAUCCUUCUCAAUUCGCCCGGAAUGUCCUCAAGAUGACACUGAAGAGGAUGGCCAACAACUUUGCCCAGAAUGAGCGAGUCUUUUGGCACGACCGCGCCGUUAUCGACUCGAUAUCCAAAGACAUUGGACAGAGGGGGACGUGGAAGGAGCGAUGUAGCCUCUCCUUCUCCCGAGUAUCGCCCUAUUGCACAGCUCACGUUCUUGAGGCCCGAAAGCCAGCGGCGAAUUCGUUAUCGAAAUGGUUGCUGUAUCUCCAUGGCGGAUACUUCUGUUUAUUCAGCCCAGAAUAUUACUAUGAAGUGGCAUCUAAGUUGGCUGAGGAGAGUGGUUGUCAGGGUGUUAUCAUCCCGCAUUACAGACGCCCGCCGGAGCAUAAGUAG